GACAUCUAACGUUAAAACUUUCAAUUUAUUCGUCAAAUUUUGACGUUUGACAGCUGUUGAUCUUAAAAGCACAGGUAGUACUUCUGUAGACUAGAAGAUUAAAUUUGCAUCAUGCCACGAGAAAUUACAGAAAUAAAGGACUUCCUCUUAAAAGCAAGGAGGAAAGAUGCCAAAUCUGUAAAGAUAAAGAAGAAUUCAGAUAAUGUAAAGUUUAAAGUACGUUGCUCGAGGUUCCUGUACACCCUUGUCAUUACUGAUAAGGAAAAAGCAGAAAAGUUGAAACAAUCUUUACCACCAGGUCUUCAGGUAAAAGAAGUUAAGUAGCAGUUAACAAUAAAUGUAUAAAUAAGUUCAGUGUUUUUUAUUUUAAUAAUUAAUACUUUCAUUAAAAGAACAAUGC